AUGGGUUACCAGGAAAAGGGCUCCCCGAGCCCGCCGGCCACCGCCAUCGAUGUCGAUGUGGCUGAGUCGCAAGACUUUCGUCGAGGCCGAGUAAGCUCAUGGCUUUCCAAGGCCACAUCAUGGGGCGUCGAAGUCCGCGGUAUUACACCCGUCCCUCUAGAAGAGCGAGUUGACAAGCGUUUCAUCAACGUCUUCUUUGUUUGGUUUACCAUGAGCACCAACCUUCUUCCGAUCAUCACCGGCAUGGUCGGCACUAUGGUUUUCGGACUCAACCUCAUGCCCUGCUCGCUCUUGAUUCUUUUUUUCAGCAUGGCUUGCACCGUUCCAGCAGCCUACUUUAGUACAUUCGGUUCCCGGACUGGUUUACGCCAAAUGAUACAGGCAAGGUUUACCUUUGGAUACUACCUCAGCUCCAUUAUUGUCGCCCUUAACCUCUGCACUAUCGCCGGCUUUGGUAUUAUCGACUGUGUCCUCGGCGGCACGACGCUCUCUGCUGUGUCUAGCGGCAGGAUCGAUGCCACCGCCGGCAUCAUCAUCAUAGCCCUUAUCUCCAUGGUCGUCUGUUUUGGCGGCUACCGCGUGCUGCACCAGUACGAGCGCUACUCGUGGAUCUUUGCCCUCGUUGCCAUUGUCAUCGCCACUGGCGUUGGGGGCAAGGAGCUCGCCAACCAGGUCGAGCAGCCCGCCGCCUCGGCCGCCACCAUCAUCAGCUUCGGCGGCGUCAUCGCCGGCUUCCUGAUCCCCUGGGCCGCCAUGGCGGGCGACUUCAGCGUCUACUGCGACCCCUCGGCCUCGACCUGGCGCAUCUUCAGCUACACCUACGCGGGGCUCUUCUUCCCCACAGUCCCGCUCAUGGUCCUCGGCGCGGCCGUCGGCGGCGCCGCGCCCAACGUCGAGAGCUGGUACGCCGGGUACGGGUCCUUCAGCGUCGGUGGCGUCCUGCAGGCCAUGCUCCUGCCCGCCGGCGGCUUCGGCCGGUUCGUCGCCGUCCUGCUCGCGCUGUCCGUCAUCGGCAACCUCUCGGCCGCCAUGUACUCCAUCUCGCUCAACUUCCAGCUCCUGCUGCCCUUCUUCGUCCGCGUGCCCCGCAUGGCCUUCUCGGUCGUCUACACGGUCGUCGCCAUCCCCGUCGCCAUCACGGCCGCCAAGUCCUUCUUCGCCAGCCUCGAGAACUUCAUCUACCUCAUCGCCUACUGGUCCGCAGCUUUCGUCGCCGUCGUCGCCGUGGAGCACUUUGUCUUCCGCCGGGCCGACUGCUCGAGGUAUGUGGCCGACUACUGGGACCAGCCGAGCAAGCUGCCCACUGGCAUUGCUGCGAUUGGCGCCAUGGGCCUGUCCUUUGGGCUGGCGGUGCCGUGCAUGUCGCAGGUGUGGUACACGGGCCCGUUGGCCCGGACGACGGGAGAUAUCGGGUUCGAAGUGGCUUUGGUGCUUGCGGGGUUGCUCUAUGUCCCUCUUCGGUGGAUUGAGUUGAAGUUUCGCCCUGUUUGA